CGACUGGUCAGUUUGCUAGAAAUGGAGCGACUUAACAUCUCCACUUUCAACUCCUCCACCUCUAAUGCCUCCUUCCUCAGUCCUCCACUCUUCUCUUGGGACCGUGAAAAUCUAGCCCCUAGCAUCUUCAUGUCUCUGUGCUUCCUAAUAGGCUUUCCCGGGAACAUCGCAGUGAUAUUCAUCCUUCACCGAAACCAAGAUCUAUCCAGUUUGAGCCGGAGACUGAUGUUGAACUUGGCUAUAUCUGACUUGCUCUGCCUCAUCUCCCUACCUAUAUGGAUCCACAGCUUUCUCUACAACUGGGUGCUGGGCCGGGUUGCUUGUAAGUUCUUUACCUACCUGGUCUACAGUAGCAUCUACAACAGCCUGCUGACUGUCAGUCUACUGAGCAUCCAGCGCUACCUGCAGGUCUUCUAUCCACAGACUUGGGGCAGUCUAGGAGUGACAAAGGAGAGGGGGAUUCAGGCUGUCUUGUGGGGGGUAGCAGGGGCUCUGGCUAUCCCUAAUGCGAUGGUGUUUCGCGAUUUGAUGCAGGAUGAGAGUGGACGGGUGCAGUGCUAUUUUGGUUUCAAAUCAGAUGCUGAGCAGGUGGCCGUGUUGCUCCUGGGAACUCUAGUGGGAUUUGUAGUUCCAUUCUCAAUCACUGCCACUGCGUAUUUCUGCCUCCAUAGGAGGGUGAACCAAACAGCUUUCUCCAGAAGACCCAGGAUGACCAAGCUAGUGAGCAGAAUUGUUGUGACUUUCCUUGUCCUAUGGACUCCUCUCCACGUCAUUAUCCUGCUGGGAGUGGCGGCCAUCAUGGCCAACGAUAAGACUCUACUAGAGUUUUGUGAUGCCAGUUUGAACUUUGUUGGAGCUCUGACCUUUGUCAACAGCUGUGUGGAUCCAUUCCUGUAUGCCUUCGCCUCAAGAAACACCAGACAGCCAGAGACCAGUCACAAUCCAGUGUGACUCACUAGUCACCACUGAUCCCAAGGCACAAUCUUGUAAUUUCUCAGCCACUCAUUGAUCAUUUUAACAGUGUAAUUAUUGUUUUACUUACUGUGACAGUCUUCAGUUCAAAAGCAUGAUUAUUUGAGUUUUUGUAUUUGAAAUACAUAUUUUCUGUGUAUUUGAGUAUUGGAUGGAAAACAUUAAUAGGUUGCUUCGUUAUCCAAGAUUAUCCAGAUCAUUUAAGAUAUACAUCUUGUCAUCUGUGGUUUCACAUGACGAAUACAGUACAUUCAAACAGCCAAGGCAAAUUCUUACUGAAACAAAACAUUUAACCAAGAUGUUUCCAUAACUACCAACUCAGACUCAUUUGGAUAGCAAAUUCACUGGACAGAAAAACAGCUAUUCAGAGUAUUGUGCUUCCUGUUUCAGAUGAAAACUGUACUUCUUCUGACAGCCUGUUACUCCAGCCAUACGACCGGUCAGUCAGUCUCACCGCUAGAAAUGGAGAAACUUAACUCCUCCACCUCUAAUGCCUCCUUCCUCAGUCCUCCAGAUUUCUCCUGUGACAGCGGAUAUAUAGCCCCUAGCGUAGUCUUGACUUUCUGCUUCCUAAUCGGCAUUCCCGGGAACAUCGCAGUGAUGGUCAACCUUCACCAAAACCAAGAUCUAUCCAGUUUGAGCCAGAUGUUGAACCUGGCUGUUUCUGAUAUACUAUGCCUCAUCACCCUACCUAUAUAGAUCCACAGCUUUCUCUUCAACUGGGUGUUGGGCCGGGUUGCUUGUAAGUUCCUUGCCUAUCUAGUCUACUGUAGUAUCUACACCAGCUUGCAGACUGUCACACUACUGAGUAUCCAGCCCUACCUCCAGGUCCUGUAUCUACAGACUUGGGACCGGCUGGGAAGGGCAAAAGAGAGGGAGCUGGUGGCUGUCUUAAGGGGGGUAGCCAGUGUCCUGUCUAUCCCUAAAGGAGUGGUGGUGAGGGAUUUGAAGCACGAUGAAAGUGAACAGGUCCAGUGUCAGUAUGUUUUCACAUCAGAUGCUCAGAAAGUGGCGGUGCUGCUUCUAGAGAAUGUCCAGGGAUUUGUGGUUCCCUUCACUAUCAUGGCUACAGCCUACAGUUGAAGUCGGAAGUUUACAUACACUUAGGUUGGAGUCAUUAAAACUCGUUUU